CACCCCACGCCGGUUGCCUCGGUCACUGGAGUUAGAGAGAGGGAGGGAGGAAAUUAUCUGCGCUCCACCACCACACACACAGGCUUCAGAGUCGGUGACGUCAGAGGGAAGCCAGCAUUCCCCGGCAGGGAAGCCCCCGCCCCUCCCCCUCCCGCUGCCGCCUCUUCCUCUGCCUGGGCCGCCCCUCCCUCCUCGGCGUGGGCGCCGCCUGGGCAAGCCCUUCCCCGCGUGAGGCGAACAUCCGCCUCAGCCUAAGGAGAGGAAGCGGGGCGCCAGGCGGGGAGGGAGGGAGGAAGGAAGGAAAGGAGGGAGGCCGGGCCCCAGGAGGCGUCCCGCCUGCCCCGCCAGUCCUCCAGCCCCGCGCCAUGGACGCCUUCUGCAACUCCAGCUUUUGGGAUCCUAAUCUAACACUGUACACAGAUAAUCCAGACCUGACUCCAUGCUUUCAGAACACUGUCUUGGGGUGGAUCCCUUGCUUUUAUCUUUGGUGCAUCUUGCCUUUUUACCUCUUUUAUUUAAAAUGCAACAAUCGAGGCUACAUUGUAUUAUCGGUGCUGAGCAGAUUUAAAACGGUCUUUGCUUUCCUCCUCUGGUGUGUCAGUUGGGCCAAUCUCUUCUAUUCUUUCCAUGGAAUUACUCAAAGCAGAACACCGCCUUCUGUGUAUUUUGUAACACCCUUAAUUGUUGGCAUCACAAUGCUGUUGGCCAUGUUGCUCAUUCAGUAUGAGAGGCUUCAUGGUGUCCAGUCCUCAGGGAUUCUCAUCAUCUUCUGGUUCUUGUGUGCCUUGUGUGCUGUGGGUCCUUUGCGAUCCAAAAUCAUUCGUACUUCAGCUCAGGACCAAAUGGAAGACAGAUUUAGGAUUACCACAUUUUAUAUCUACUUUGCUCUGAUCCUCAUUGAAUUGAUUCUUGCGUGCCUUAAAGAAAAGCCUCCAUUUUUCUCACCUGUGAAUUUAGACCAUAAUCCGUGUCCUGAAUUAAAUUCUGGUUUUCUUUCCAAGAUAACAUUUUGGUGGUUCACAAGUAUGGCCGUCCAGGGAUAUAAAAGGCCUCUUGAAGAUAAGGAUUUAUGGUCCCUAAAUGCAGAAGACAAAUCGGAUGUGGUAGUAAAAAAGCUCCAGAAAGAGUGGAAUAAACAAAAACAUGAAAGGCUACAGAAAAAAGAUGUAUCCUAUACAAAAAAUCCAAACAAUGUAAUGAAUCAUAUUGCUGAUGGUCCAGGGGAAACAGAAAUCUUGUUAAGUAGUAACACAGAGCAGAAAGAGCCAUCAUUUCUCAAAGCCCUGAUCAGGACCUUUGGCCCUUACUUCUUAAUUGGCUCCUUCUUCAAAUUGAUCCAAGAUCUAUUGGCCUUUGUCAACCCCCAGUUGUUACGCAUAUUAAUUGGCUUCAUUAAGGAUCAAAGUGCUCCCUUAUGGUGGGGAUAUCUGAUUGCAGCUUUGAUGUUUUUCUCUGCUGUGCUGCAAACAAUCAUCCUUCACCAGCAUUUCCAGUACUGCUUUGUUACUGGAAUGAGAUUGAGAACUGGCAUCAUAGGGAUGAUCUACAGAAAGUCUUUAGUUAUUACCAAUUCAGCAAAGCGUUCUUCCACUGUUGGAGAAAUUGUCAACCUAAUGUCUGUGGAUGCCCAGAGGUUUAUGGACCUGACUACUUUCCUAAAUAUGUUAUGGUCUGCUCCGCUCCAGAUAUGCCUUGCGUUAUACUUUCUCUGGCAGAGUUUAGGACCUUCUGUGCUGGCAGGAGUGGCUGUGAUGGUCUUACUUAUCCCACUGAAUGCUGUGAUUGCGAUGAAAACCAGAGCAUUCCAGGUGGAACAGAUGCGCUAUAAAGAUUCUCGUAUUAAGCUAAUGAAUGAAAUUCUAAGUGGCAUAAAAGUACUCAAGCUCUACGCAUGGGAGCCAUCCUUCGCAGAUAAAAUUCUGGAGAUACGGAAGAAUGAACUUCGUGUUUUGAAGAAAUCGGCCUAUUUAAAUUCUUUGUCCACAUUUACAUGGGUCAGCGCACCAUUUCUGGUUGCUCUAACCACCUUUGCUGUUUAUGCUACUGUGGAUGAAAAUAAUAUCCUAGAUGCAGAGAAAGCUUUUGUGUCUCUCUCACUAUUCAAUCUUCUAAGAUUCCCACUCAACAUGCUUCCUCAGGUCAUUAGCAGCAUUGCACAGACAAGUGUUUCACUGAAGAGGAUUCAGCACUUCUUGUCACAUGAUGAACUUGAUCCAAGCUGUGUGGACACCAAAUUAAUUGCUCCAGGAUAUUCUGUGACUAUACGCAAUGGCACAUUCAGCUGGGCAAAGGAUCUUGAACCAGCUCUGAAAGAUAUAAAUUGGUUGGUUCCUAAUGGUUCUUUGGUGGCUGUUGUUGGACACGUUGGCUGUGGAAAGUCUUCCUUGGUGUCAGCUCUUCUUGGCGAAAUGGAGAAGCUCCAUGGUGAAGUGGCUGUGAAGGGAUCAGUUGCUUAUGUACCCCAGCUUGCCUGGAUCCAGAAUGCUACCUUGAAAGACAAUAUCUUAUUUGGCCAACCUCAUAAUGAACAGAAGUAUCAAAUGGUCUUAGAGGCAUGUGCCUUGAAACAGGACCUUGAGAUGCUGCCUGGGGGGGAUCAGACUGAGAUAGGUGAGAAGGGCAUCAACCUCUCGGGUGGCCAGCGGCAACGGGUGAGCCUUGCCCGUGCUGUCUUCAGCGAUACUGAUGUUUAUCUGCUAGAUGAUCCUCUUUCAGCUGUGGAUUCCCAUGUGGCCAAACACAUCUUUGACAAAGUUAUUGGACCAGAAGGAGCACUUCGAGGAAAAACACGCAUUUUGGUUACCCAUGGCAUCAACUUUUUACCUCAAGUGGACCACAUUGUGGUUGUUGUCGAUGGUAUGAUCUCUGAAAUGGGUUCUUAUCAAGAGCUUCUGCAACAAAACAGGUCUUUUGCAGAGUUCCUCCGCAAUUAUGCACCUGAUGAAGAUAUAGAAGAAGAUGAGCCAACAAUAGUGGAGGAUGAGGAGGUCCUGCUUGCUGAGGACACACUCAGCAACCACAUAGAUCUGGCAGACAGUGAACCAGUGACAAAUGAAGCCCGCAAACAGUUCCUAAGACAACUCAGUGUAAUAUCUUCCGAUGGAGAAUGUCCUAGCAAAAUGUCAACAAAAAGAAGAGUGUGUGAAAAAAAGCCACCUGAACCUCCCCUGCCCAAAAAAGGUCCUCCUGAGAAGCUCAUCCAGGCAGAAACCGCUGAAACAGGCACGGUCAAAUUUACAGUUUUCUGGCAAUACAUGAAGGCAGUUGGCCCCAUAGUUUCUUUAUUUAUAUGUUUCUUCUACUGCUGUCAAAAUGCUGCUGCAGUUGGGGCUAACGUUUGGCUUAGUGACUGGACAAAUGAGCCUGUGGUAAAUGGUACUCAACAUAAUGUGCCAAUGCGAGUUGGAGUCUAUGGCGCCCUAGGUCUUUUGCAAGGUCUUUUUGUGCUGGCCUCCUCUUUUACUUUGGCAAUGGGUGGCAUCCGUGCAGCUCGGAGUCUCCAUGCAGGAUUGCUGGAAAACAAGCUCCACACCCCACAGUCAUUUUACGACACAACUCCUACAGGUCGAAUCAUCAACCGCUUCUCAAAGGACAUCUAUGUGAUUGAUGAAGUCAUACCACCAACCAUCUUGAUGUUCCUUGGAACCUUCUUUACCUCCUUGUCAACAAUGCUUGUCAUUAUAGCAAGCACCCCGCUUUUUGCUGUGGUCAUAAUACCCCUUGCAAUCCUGUACUUCUUUGCUCAGCGAUUUUACGUUGCUACCUCUCGCCAAUUAAAGCGGCUGGAAUCUGUGAGCAGAUCCCCCAUAUAUUCUCAUUUUUCGGAAACAGUCACUGGAGCAAGUGUCAUCCGGGCUUACCGAAGAGAGAAGUCUUUUGUUUAUAUCAGUGAUGCAAAGGUGAACGAUAAUCAGAAAAGCUACUAUCCUGGAAUUGUAGCCAACAGAUGGCUGGGAAUCAGAGUCGAAUUUGUAGGCAACUGUGUUGUAUUUUUUGCAGCUCUUUUUGCUGUUUUAAGUAGAAAUAAACUGAGUGCUGGUGUCGUGGGACUUUCUGUAUCUUAUGCGUUGCAGGUGACAAUGGCUCUGAACUGGAUGGUGCGGAUGUCAUCUGAUCUGGAAAGCAACAUUGUGGCUGUAGAAAGAGUGAAGGAAUACUCCGAAACUGAAACUGAGGCUCCCUGGAUAAUUGAAGACAAAAGGCCAUCAGAAAAUUGGCCUGACCAGGGGGAAGUGCAAUUUGCAAACUAUUCUGUAAGAUACAGAAAAGGCUUGGACUUGGUGUUGAAAAAUCUCAGCUUGCAUGUGAAAGGUGGAGAAAAGGUUGGAAUUGUUGGAAGAACUGGAGCUGGCAAGUCUUCUAUGACCCUCUGCCUCUUCAGGAUCUUAGAAGCUGUGGAAGGGGAAAUCAAAAUCGAUGGACUGAGAAUUGCGGAUAUUGGCCUUCAUGAUUUACGAUCCAAGUUGACGAUAAUUCCUCAGGACCCUGUUCUUUUUUCUGGAACACUCCGUAUGAAUUUGGAUCCCUUUAAUAAAUAUUCUGAAGAAGAAAUAUGGAAUGCUCUUGAACUCUCCCAUUUGAAGAGGUUUGUCAGCGCUCAGCCAGCUAUGCUGGACUACGAAUGCUCAGAAGGAGGAGAAAAUCUUAGUGUUGGCCAAAGACAACUUGUUUGCUUGGCAAGAGCCCUCCUGCGCAAAACACGGAUCCUUGUUUUAGAUGAAGCCACGGCAGCCAUUGACCUCGAGACAGAUGAUCUCAUUCAGAUGACAAUAAGAACACAAUUUGAGGACUGUACUGUACUGACAAUAGCACACAGGCUGAAUACGAUUAUGGAUUAUACCAGAGUCCUCGUUCUAGACAAAGGAGCAAUUGCUGAAUUUGACACACCUUCAAGACUCAUAGAAUCCAAAGGGAUUUUCUAUGGCAUGGCCAAAGAUGCUGGACUGGCAUAACAAGCUAGUCAGUAAAGGACUAGUUACUGGAUUGCUGUUUUUUAAUCCAAAAGCAAUACCUGAAUGUACUGUUACUUUUCAAAACAGCAUUUCUACCAAAUUCCACAAAAUGUUUCAUAUGCUUGUGAAAACUGAAAAUUUAAUUUUAUAUUUUUAAACACAUUUUCUAUACUCUGAAGUAUUUUUUUUAAUUGACAGAUGUCCUGAUCAGAAAAUGGGAUGUGUGUGUGUAGUGUUGAUGUAUGGAUAGCAAUUGACUAUAUUCCAUUUUAUUUUUAGUAAAAUACAUCUAGUUGUAUAAAACAUUUGAGUCUUAUUCUGAAUCAAUCUUCUCCUGUAGUGCAAAAAAUCCAAGGAUGGUGUUACUGUAAUCUGAUAUUAAUCAACAUAUUUAUGUCAAUGAAACUCCCACAGAUAAAAGAAGAGUUUUUUGCA